CGCUCAUGCACACCCUGCGCAGCAGGUUCAAGCUCAGUCCCAGCGCCGUCCUGUUCUGAUUUCUUCGAGCCAUCCUUCGGCCCCCGACUCUCUUUGCUCUUUCUCUCUGGCUAGAUCCUCCGUCAUGGCAAACAUGAUCCCCAACAUGCUGUUGGUCUUGGUUUCUCUUGUUGCAAGCAGUAUUCAGGUCGCAUCAGCAUCUGACGAGAAAAGCCUCCCAAGUCAACUCAUCGUAUGUUCCAGCAACCGAAAGUCACUGAUCACUUCAUUUCUUCAAUCUUCAGCCCAUCAUGCCACUCUUGUGGACCAUAUGCCAUCUGUCCUGCGCCUAUCAGGAGGCAAGAAGGGAACUGCCUCGCAGGGAAAGCAUGGGACAGGAGCGAAGUCUCAUCCCGGGUACAAGUAUCACAUGAGCUAUCCGCGUAAAAGUCGCCAUAGCUCUCAGAAGAUGAAGCGCUACACCCUCAAGAAGAAUCCUGAAGGCAUGGGAAGACGCCGCCACAUGAAAAAAGUGUUCGCUCGGUUUAAGACUGGCUUCCGUAGCGGCAUGCCGUUCACAGGACGAAUCAAGAAGGUCAACGAAUCAUAGGACAGACUUGUCUUCCAAGUCUCAAGCAGGUUUCAGCUACAACAUGAAGAUUGCUUUGCAAGUAAUCUUUGAUCAGCUCCUCUUGUAAUUUAGCAGUAUCAGUGAGUGACCCAAAAGUGUGACUAUAGCAAGCAUGAUAGUUGGC